UAAAUUUGUAAACAAAAACUAAAUCACGUGCUUAGAUGUUAUUUGUAUUUUGUUAAUUAUUAUUGUUAAUUGCAUUGUUAUAUUUAUCAAUAUUAUUUAAUAUUAAAUUUUAAACAGUAAUAAAUUUAAAUGAAUAAGUAUGAGGAAAUAUAAUAACAUGAAAAUCAUAAAGUUCAUGUUUAUAGUCAACGAUAUUGUGUGAAACGAGUAAUGCAACAUUGAGUGUUAAAUAACCUAAUUAUUGCGAUUUUCAAUUAUUUUAUCAGAUUAUAAUGAAAUAUAAUCAACUUCACUCUUCUCUCAAAGAUAUAUAAUUUGAAAGUUGUAAACUACACAUUAUUUUCAAAUUCCAGUUAUAUUUAUCAAAAUAUGUGUCUACGUAUCCUGUAUGUAUGUAAAAAGUUUAAAUAAAUAUGGCAGAACGUGGGGUUUAUUUAACUAAUACUACUUAUGUAAAACCGACAAUAUUUGAAAUAGUUGCACAACAAUCGCUUUCAUUAACUCUAGAGCAGAUAUUUAAUAAAUUUUAUUCAUUUUUGAUAACUAAUAAUCCCGAGAAAUAUGGAUGUCUUGAUCGAUGGUCACAUGAAGUUUACUUACUAUUUAAUGGAGUAAUUCAAUAUUUUUAUUUGAAAAACUAUUCUGCGUCUUUUGCUGAAACAUUUUAUGGAUUAAAAAGAGUUACAAUUAUAAAUUCACAUGUGGAGAAUGAAAUCUCUAGAAAUAAAAAAAUCUUACAUCUUAUUACAUUAAUUAUCAAUCCGUAUAUUAAAUCAAAGUUUCAACAACAUGAAUUAGAAAUAAUUGAUGGAAAAAUUCCAAAGGAAAAGUGGAAACAAUUAAUGAAAAUUUAUUUUGUCAAAACAUACAAAAUUAUAAAUUUUACUUAUAAUAUUAUUGAAACGUAUUAUUAUUUACGUUAUUUAAUAGACGACUUUAAAAAUCCAACUCCUUUAUUCCAUUUGUUGUCAUCGACAUUAACUUAUUCUGAUCCAUUCAAAGUAACUUCGAUGGCUGAACUAUUUAAUAAAUGGAAACAAAAUAACUUUAGUACCAGUGAAGGUGUUGAAUUAAUUCAAAGAGGAUUUAUGACGACUCUUGAGUUAGGAGCAUUUUUUCUUCAAUUUGUUAGUUGGUGGAAUCAAGAAAAUUAUUAUACGAAUAUCACAUCAUUGCCGACACCUCCAUCACCUCCGACUUUAGAAAUGCCUGAGAAAUCUAAAGGAUUGUGUCCAGUUUGUUGUAAAACUUUAAAUAUACCAACUGCUGUAGCAGUAUCAGGAUAUGUCUUUUGCUAUCAAUGUAUUCUACCUAUCAUACAAACUGAUAAAAGAUGUCCAGUUACACUUUAUCCUGCUAAGGAAGAUGAUUUAAUUAGAAUUUAUAUGAAUAAAUAAUUUAAUUUAAGCUUAAAUACAUUUUAUUUAUUAUAUUUUGUAUGAAUGUAGAGCAUUAUUUUACAUAAAUAUUUUUUCAAUUAGAUCAUUAGUUUUGGACUUUA